UGGCAUGCCAUGCCAUGGAGUUAUGGAGAGUGAUACUUUCAAGUGGCUUACGGGGAUCCGUUACCAUAUCUAACCAUGGCGGAUUGGAAAAGAGCCCUGGGCUUCACAGAUAGGUUAACCGCCAUCCAAUCUUUGACGACAGCUUAUCAGCGCGCUUCAUCUUCUGCCGCAUUUGUAGAGGCACAGACUCAAGCAAAGCAAUUUGAGUGUGAAGCCUAUGAUCAGGCCACAUCGAAGGAAGAAUAUGAUCAGCUAUGCCAGAAAGCUAUCGACGACGCAGAAGCUACGGGCUCAGUCGCUCCUGUAAUUAGUAGCCUCAAUCCGUUACAAGAUGCUGAAGAGGUAGGUAACUGGUCUGUGGGUGAAGAUAUUGGCCCGUACAGGGCGUGUCUCCAUCAUUUUGACGGGCUUCAUUCUACUAUCUACAAGUGUAGGGGCGCAGACGGGGCCCUGGUUGCUGUUAAAGUCACUGUACCCCAUCUUUUAACACCGCCACACAACGCAAAGUGUGAAGCUCAACUCUUGCGGGAAACUGCUGGAGAGCAUGUGAUACCUUUGCUGGAGACCCUGAAACUUGAUGGGGGACGGUUUCUUCUAGUGUUUCCCUUCAUAAAUCAUGACUUUGAACAUUUGCUGCGUCGGGGCAUGUUGACUGCCACCCAAACCAGGUCUCAUUUGCACGAUUUGUUUCGCGCACUGGCGCAUAUCCACGAGUUGGGAGUCAUACAUCGGGACAUAAAGCCUUCGAACAUUCUGUUGAGCUCGCCUGAUGGGCCAGCCUACUUGGCAGACUUUGGCAUCGCUUGGAAGGACGGGCAUAACGUUUCUGAGCCAGCUGACAAGAAAAUUACGGACGUGGGAACCACAUGCUAUCGACCUCCUGAGAUAUUGUUUGGUUAUAAAGGAUAUGGAACAUCUCUCGAUCUUUGGGCGGCUGGGUGCCUGGUCGCAGAAGCUGUGGCUGUAGGGCACCAACAGCUAUUUGACUCGGGGCCCGUUGGGAGUGAUCUGUCUCUUAUUCAAUCUAUAUUUCAGACCCUAGGUACUCCGGACCAGGAGAUAUGGCCGGAAAUAGAGAAACUCCCGGAUUGGGGCAAGGUGGAAUUCUUCAAGUAUCCUGCCAAGUCGUGGGAUGAUAUUCUCAGAGGGGCCUCUUCGAAAGGUCGUGAUCUUGUCACACAAUUGGUCCGUUAUGAGAGUAGCCAGCGUAUUUCCGCUAAAGAGGCUCUAGAGCAUCCCUAUUUUUCGGCAUAAUUGAUACGGGAUACCGUGAAUCACAUGCUACGGGGAGACAAGCGAUCUCAAGAAGGAUGGGAAAACAAAGAAAAUUAGGGGAAACAGGAAAAGAAUCAAUCGGUCCACUGGAUAAGCGUUCAUUUGACGAAGAUUGUACGCCAUAUGGCGGCCUGCUGCGGUCAACAAUCAGGCCGGGUCCCACCAGCAUCUUUUAGGCGUUUCAGCAUUUUUGACGGCUUGGAAUCUCCAGACGAUCACGCAUAAGGCACGAGGACUAUCGGCACUAACCGCUGGGGAAGCCUUCGGUCAACUUCAGUCUCAGGAAAAUGCCAACUACUCUGUCCACCUCCC